AUGGCAGAAAUGAAAUACCAUUUGCGUAUUAACAGUUUUUGGAAGGAAUACACUUCGUGGACCUAUCACAGGGACACGACUCCAAUUGCACAAGUAAACGAUGUUGCGCCACAAGAUGGUAUGGUAAACGUUAUUGAAGACAUUAGGGGGGAGCGUAUGGAAGAAGAUACAUACCUUAACCAAGAGAACUCGAAUGGAGAUAGUAGCGGUGUUGUUGAUGAUUUUGAAGACCUGAUAAAGGAAGCUGAAACAGAAUUAUAUCCUGGUUGUACUAAGUUUUCUUCUAUCGACUUUUUAGCAAAGCUUUUGAAUAUAAAGGAUACGUACCAUUUUCAAAAUGAAGGAGUAGAUCGACUCCUCUCGUUGUUGCGAGAGUCAAUGCCAGAAGGCAACAAGAUUCCCCCUUCGUAUUAUGUAGCUAAGAAGACAUUUAAGAAGAUUGGUUUGGCAUAUGAGAUGAUAGAUGUGUGCACAAAUGAUUGUGCUCUCUUUUGGAAAGAAAACGAGUCCUUGCAAAAUUGUCCCGUUUGUAAUGAGAGUCGAUGGGUCGAUAAAGACACAAAAGGCACGAAGGUGGCUCGUAAGGUGUUACGAUACUUUCCUUUGACGCCUAGACUACGACGUUUGUAUUGUUCAAGGCACACAGCGAAAGAUAUGAUAUGGCAUAGUACCGGACGAUCGGAAGAUGGGACUAUGCGUCAUCCAGUUGAUGGAUCUGCAUGGCAAGACUUUGAUAAAAAGUACCCAAACUUCGCGAUGGAGCCACGAAAUGUUCGCUUAGGGCUUGCAGCUGACGGUUUUAAUCCCUUUAACAACGGUAGUGGAUCCUCGACUCAUAGCACGUGGCCGGUUAUACUCACCACAUAUAAUCUGCCUCCCUGGCUAUGCAUGCGAGAGUCCACAUUCAUGUUGACCUUGUUGAUUCCUGGCCCUAAAUCACCGGGGAAAGACAUGGACGUUUUCCUUAGACCGUUAGUGGAUGAGCUUAGGCAAUUGUGGCAGACAGGUGUACGUACUAAAGACGCAGCAACAAACACAUACUUCACAAUGAAGGCGGCGUUGUUAUGGACCAUAAAUGACUUUCCAGCCCGUAGUAGCCUAUCAGGUUGGAGCGGACAAGGCUACAUGGCAUGCCCAACUUGUAACCAAGACACUCCUUCAAUACGUGUAACUGGUAAAUGUGCUUAUGUUGGCCAUCGCCGGUUCUUAGAUGCCAACCAUCCUUGGAGAACAAGUCUCGACUUUAACGGGAGACCCGAGACACGAGACCCUCCGAGACAGUUUAGCCCAGCUGACAUAGAAGCUCAACUAGGUCGUUUAAUUAAUCGUCUACCAGGCAAGCAUCCAGAUUUUGGAGGUAGGAGGAUAACCCGGUCAGAUUUCGAGUUGAACUGGUCCAAAAGAAGCAUAUUUUUUGACCUUGAGUAUUGGUCUUCUCUGCAGCUGAAACAUAACUUAGAUGUAAUGCAUAUAGAGAAAAAUGUGUGCGACAGCUUGCUCGGUACUCUUCUGAUGAACGAUAAGAGCAAAGACACGCCAAAUGCGCGGUCUGACUUGGAAAAACUAAACAUUCGGCCGUCACAAUGGCUGAAACAAUCGGGUGGCAAGUUCUUAAGUCCCCACCCAAAGUACUCAUUCAAGUCCGAUGAUCGAAAACUUUUUUGUCAGUUUAUAAAAAAUGUUAAAUUACCAGAUGGGUUUGGAUCUAAUAUCAGUAAGAGGGUGACAGAUAACAAUGCUAACAUUACCGGGUUGAAAUCUCAUGACUGUCAUAUCCUCAUGCAACGUUUGAUACCGAUUGGGGUUAGAGGGCUUUUGACUAAAGAUACAUCUACACCAAUAGUAGACCUUUGUAUGUUCUUUAAGCAACUUUGCUCUAGAACACUAUCGGUGGAUGAUAUGAAGAAAGCAAAGGAUGACAUUGUUACCAUCUUAUGCAAGUUAGAGAUGAUCUAUCCACCUGCGUUUUUUGACAUUAUGGUUCAUUUACUUGUGCAUUUACCUGAUGAAGCGAUUGCGGGAGGUCCAGUAGCUUUUAGAUGGAUGUAUCCAUUUGAAAGGUACAUGAAAAAACUAAAGAACUAUGUUAAAAACCCGGCAAGGCCUGAAGGUUGUAUAGCUGAAUGUUAUGUGUUUGAAGAAGCUCUAACAUUUUGUUCAAUGUACCUUAAAGAUGUUCAGACUAAGUUCAAUCGCCCAGAUAGAAAAGAUGAUGUCGUUGUUGAAAAAAGAAAGUUAUGGGUGUUUGAGUCAAAAUGUCGUUAUGUUGGCGCAAGAAAGGAGAAAUAUCUAUCAUUCAUCGAAAAAAGCAAGAUGGAAUGGUUUGUCCUCGAAAACUGCGCAGAAGUUAGGGAGUACAUGAAGUGA